AAAAGAUAAAGGAGACAGCCAUCAAGCUCGCCAUUUUAUGAUUGCCUUCCACCAACUGAUUUCUUUGCUAGGUAAAUUUCAAGAAAAUAACAACAAUGUUCCCAAACCCGGCAAAUUUCAUUAAAUCCAUCUUCAAGGAAACACACCGGGGUCGUAGAAAUCAGCCCGAUGAAGAGAAGAAGAAGUCUUUCUCGAUGCCACUGAAGAGGUCAAGAUUCCUCCCACAACAAAAAUGACACCUGCACCCCCUACUUUCUCCACGAUUCGAGAGACUCAUCCAGGAUUUGAACCACAGCUCGCAUACCUGCAGGACAACAUCAUCACACCAUUUCUGAAUCGCCCCGUGUACGAGAACACGGGGCAGCUCCGGGAAAAAAUGGCGGAAGCGCUUCUCCUCCACGGAACGAACUCCGAAAUCAUGCCGCUUCUCGUAAAGGCGAUAAGGAAUGAAAUGUCUAUCCAGGGAAAAGAGGCAAACGUCGGACUGGUCAAGAUUUCAAGUCGCGAAUGCCUUGAUUCGAAUUUUGUUGCGGUCGACAACGUCUUCGUUUACACGGUUGUCAUAGACGCGCUAAAGAAAGGGGAGGAGCGCGACUAUACCAUAAUUUUCUGCCAUGAUCAGAUCGAUUUGUAUGAGAGUAUUAUUUGGUGGUGUUUUAAGAAAAAAAUUGAUCAAUUGACACCUGGAAAAUUUCUAUUGGUCUUUGUCAGUAAUGAUAAGAAAAGCGGGGCUUCCGCUAAGUGGAAUUUCCAAAGAGGGUUAAAAUUUCUUCACAUCCCUGACCGAUUCUCUACCUUGCAGUGUAGAAAGGUGCUGCUCAAGUCCACCUCUAAAUGGGCAAACCAACCAAGCGACGCCGUACUGGGGAUCUUGGCGGAAAAGACGGUGGCAUUUAGUGGAAGUGAGGCCGGACAGGAAGCCGAGUUGAGGACGUUCUGCCAAAAGGUUUACAGGGUGGGGGUUGCUCGACUAAGGGAAAAGAAUGGCUUGGGUGACAAGGAUUUCAUUCCAUGGGAAGAUGUCCACGUUAAGGUACAAGAUUGGCGAGAUGUUUUUAAUAAAAUGGUGGGCAGUGGGGCCAAGUGGGGGGAGGAGGGCGAUGGUUUGGCCGUGCAGACGGAUAAGGUAGAUACUGUGAUGCAAAAUACUGGAGGGUGGGUGGAGUUGGAAACGUCUGCAAGUUUUAAAAAGAAGGAAGCCUUGCAGCCUGCAAGUUGCAGGACAAGUUGAUCGAAGCGAUUGAGAAAGUGUGCGGAAAUUUGAAUGAAAUUGAGAUAACAACAACGCCCGACGGGCAAGACGAUUUGGUCACGAUUACUGUUAAAGUUCCUUCCCGUAAAAAAUUAUAAGGUUGGGUACCUGAAUUAUAUUAAUUUAAGUAUUGGUCGAAUAAAGAAGUAAAGUUGUGGAAUA